UUUGUUUCUCUGUGUGUGUCUUUCUUUUGUCUGACAUGUUCCAUUUUUUGCAACUUAUUUAUCGAAGAUCGAUCGAUUGUCAAGAAUUCGACUGAAAAUUUUACAACGAAUAAAAAUAUAUUUUCUUGAUCCAUUGUUUUCUUAAUUCAACAGAAAUUACAUUUUUGAUGUGAAAAACUUUUAGAAUUAAAUGAAUUAAAUUUUGGAGUGUGGUAUAAAAUCCGCCAUUUUUAUAGCAAAAAUACCUGAAACGAACAUCCGGUAUCUAUUCAGCAUCACACAACGACCUUUUACUCUUUUCUUUGACGUCAAAUCAACAGUGCAGUGUUUGACGGAGUACUAUUUGUGCGUAAAUUUGAAGUUUCGAGUAUUUUCUAGAAGAAUUCUCGUUCAUCAAGUUGAACAUUGAGUGUUCGGGGAGUGGCAGUGGACAAGUAAGCAUUUCAAAGUUGUUAUCAAACAUUUGGGAUGAGGAUUUAUUUACUCCUCAACAGGGUCUAGAGUUUUUGCUAGAACCAAAGAGGAUGCCGGUUAAAGUGGAUGUUGUUCCACCUCCACCUGCUAAUUCUAAACAACCAGGGGUUACUAAAUCUCUUCUAUACAAUGGAUCUAGAUUUCAAGGUUCACAAAAAUCAAAAGGAAAUAGUUAUGAUGUUGAAGUAGUAUUACAGCAUGUGGAUGAAGAAAAUAGCUACUUAUGUGGAUACCUGAAAAUUAAAGGCUUAACUGAAGAAUUUCCAACACUUACGACUUUCUUUGAUGGAGAAAUAAUAUCAAAAAAAUAUCCAUUCCUUACUAGAAAAUGGGAUGCUGACGAAGACGUUGAUAAGAAACAUUGGAGUAAAUUUGAAUCCUUUUGCCAAUAUGCCAAGACUUUUAAUUCUGAUACUUUUGAUUACGAAGCAUUAAAAGGAACUGAUUUUGUUUUUAUGAGAUGGAAGGAACACUUUUUAGUUCCGGAUCAUACAAUCAAGGAUAUUAACGGUGCAUCUUUUGCCGGGUUUUAUUAUAUUUGUUUUGAAAAGUCUGCUGCCUCUAUUGAGGGUUAUUAUUAUCAUCGAAGUUCAGAGUGGUAUCAAUCCCUCAACUUAAGACAUGUUCCAGAGCACAGUAUACAAAUUUAUGAAUUCAGGUGAAAUGAAAGCAUGUGAAACUCCAACGUCAAUAUUUUUAUUUGUCUGUCUUCUUUAUUGAGCAAACAGAUCUCAUUUUUUAUCAAAUCAGUUUAAAGGCGCUUUGAGCGGUAACAAAAUAAGUCAGCAGGAAAAUAUUGCCCAGUAAUUAUUAGUAAACAAAUAAAUGAGAAAUGACAAAAAUAUGUAAUAAAAUAUUCGUUCUUUAAUUUUUUUACGGAAUAAAACUGAAUGAGGAUAAUUAAUCUAUAAAAAGUACAAUAAUAAUAUAGAAUCUUCUUUAUCUGUUUUUUAUUGAUCAAACAUAUUUUUGAGAAGCUAGUUAAUCAUUCGGAAUAUUUUACUUAUUUUCAAUCAUAUUAUUUGUAUACCAUGUUUUUUCGUUUAAGAAUACUUUGUAAAAAAAUAAUCAAGAACGAAUAUUUGAGGUUGCUUAAACCGCCUUAAUAUUUUCACGACGACAAUUUUUUUCUAAAAUUUAUUUGUGAACAAAUUAUUUUAAUAAGACUAAUAGAUGCAAAUCAUCUAAUAUAUCUGAUAUUUUCGUAAUAGGAAAAAAAAACUAAUAUCAGGAUUAUGAUAUUAUAAAUAAAGAGGAAUGUAGUGCCUCGCAGCAUCAAACGCUUUUAAACAAUUAUAUAAAUGACAAAUGUAAAAACUUUUGUUAUAAUAAAUUUAUAAAUUUUUUUGUUAUCA